AUGCAGACUUUUACCAGCACUAGCCAACCGCUGGCUGCUGACUUGGAGACCCACCCCAAUAAUUCUGAAAAUGCAUACCUCGACUCUGUACUAUUGCAGCCUUCGCUAUCACAGCCCAUGUACUACGGUCACCAGCUUGAUGGACAGGCCCAAGCCUCUGGUUCCACAUCGCAUCAGACUCAUCUACUCCCCCACACUAAUGUCCCGAUCGACUACGACGUCAAUCUCUAUGAUCCCUCUACCAAUCCAUAUGCGGCUGUGGCAGUAGUGCCAAUGCCAUGGUACAUCCCUAGUUACCCUCAAGUGCAGAUCCCACCGCAUCUCCUGGGCUAUGACCAGCAGCCCGCCAACCAUCAGCUCUACGGAAAUAUCGACCCUCCCGUGUUUAUGUGCCCUCCAGGCGACCAAGUGCCAGAGAUACACGAUGUUGUUGCAGACGUUGAUCCUACUCCAACUGCACAUUCUCACAUCAUGUCUGUGCAACCGCGCUAUCCUUCAUCAAACAUUAGCACCUUCCUCCCUGAAUUUAAGCUUCCAACCCUUUCCAUGGACGGCGAUGUCUUAUUACCUCCAGGCGUUGAAGACGAGGGUUCCCGAGAGCCCGUUCCAAAUGUGUUUCUACCAUCAGAUGUCAAAGACAAGUCUUUUGAAGAGCCCAUCGCAGGUGCAGAAAACCCUGAAGACGACUUGAUGUUUCGUCAUUAUUGGGGGCCGAGCGACCGGCGAGGAAGGAAGCGUGCAGUCAAGUGCUCAACGCAACCUGAUCUUUUAUUCGACGACAAAAACAAGCUCCACCAACGGAUUGUGAAGUCUGCAAAGAGAGAAAUAAUGAAACAUGCACUCAAUAGCGCUGCCUUGAUGGAGGAGGGAGAUAGAGUGACGUUGGUUGACAAGAAGUUGGAGCAGGCAGCCAAAAACAUAAUAGGUGAAAAGCAGGGAAUCGCAUGGGUGUCACGCAAUUCCGGGUCGCUGUACAUGAUGUUGUCUGAGCCGUGCAAAAACAUCAUGCAAAUGUGCAGAAAACACGCGUCCAAUUUAGUCCUCGAUGGAUUCGACCUACGUCUUUCAAUAUGGUCAGAAGCCUCUGAAAAUACGCACCAGGAAGCUAUACUUGCGGAGCUCCUUGACAAUCAGGUCUUCCCUCCCAGAUUUCUCAUGGCGCUGGGUGCGGACAACGAAUGGCACUUCCUUGAAAACAAGGUCGUGCUCAACAUUAUCUUGGACACAGUUCGUGAGCUUGACCUCCUUUGGUACCUAGAAUAA